AUGUUACUACAAUCCUAUCGUUUUCGUUUGAAAACAGCACCUGAAACAUUUAUUCAACAAAAUAAUAAUAUAUCAAAUUCAAAUACUUUAUUAAUUUAUUUUAAAGGUGAACAAGGUUUAACUCAAACAUUAUUUAUACCAUUAAAUAAACUUAAUGAAGAUAUAUAUGAAAAUAAAUUUGAAUUAGUUGAUGUUGGAAAUUUAUCACUUGCACAUGUGAAACUUGAUGGAAAUAAUAUACGAUGGAAAUUAAAUUGGAUUGAACUUGAACGAAAUAAUGUCGAUGGAGAAAAAUUUAUUUUCAAACCAUUUGAAACUGUGAAAGGAAAUGGUUUUAUUAAUCUUAGAGAUGUUAUACUAAAUACUGGUCGUAGUUUACUUGAUUCAUCAACCAUUUGUGCUUCUGAUUUGCUUGCUGAUCCACGAACAUUAAGUCGUCGAGUUGAUCGAAUUUUUCCAAUAAAUCGAUGGCUUGAUUCAAAUCGAAAUCAAAAACUUGAUAUAUUUAUUAAAGAAGGUCCUGCACAAUUUGCUCCGAUUUAUACAAUUAUUAUACGUACGGGUACUAUUAGUAGUUGUUUACAAGCAAAUAUUCGUCUAGCAUUGAUUGGUGAUGGUGCUUCAACAAUUCCAUUUGAUCUUAAUUCAAAUUCAAAUUUAAUUCAAUGUACAACUAAGAAUUUAUUUCAAUCAGGUUCAAAAGAUCUAUUUUAUCUAUCAUCAUUUGAAUCUGUUGAUAUUGGUCAAUUAUUUCAUUUACAAAUUCAAUGUAAUAGUCAUGAUAAAUUACCAUAUUAUUGUGAAAGUAUUGAAAUUAUCAAUAAUUUAACAGAUGAAAAAUAUUUUUUUCUUGUCAAUCAUUGGUUUGGACCAAAUUUAGAACAAAAAAUAUCCGUUCCAGUUAUUGAUCGUAAUAAAGAAUCGAAUAUAUUUACAAUUUCUAUUAAAACUACAGAUAUAUCGAAUUUCAAUGGUCAGAAUAUAAUUUAUAUUCAUAUAAAUUUUACUAAUGGAAAAUCAUACGAAGAAGCACUUAGUUCAUCAGAAACACAUCAAAUUCCAUUUCAAAAAGAUAAUAUUGAUUUUUUUCUUGUUGUUAUUGAUAAUAUUAGUGAUAAUGAGAUAAGCAAUGUUAAAAUUUGCUUUGUUAAUAAAUCAAUCGAGAAUACAACUCAAGUUCAAUGGAAUUGUUCUUGGAUUGAAAUUCGUGAUAUUUUCUAUCAACGAAAUUAUUGGUAG